CUGUUCACGGACCUGCAGCACUCAGGGUUCCUCUGCUGCUCCGUCCAUCAUGACUGUGUCCUACACGCUGGAAGUGGCCAACGCCAGGUUUGCUGGCUUUACCAAACUUCUGUUCCGGUGGAAAGGCAGCAUCUACAAACUGCUCUACAAGGAGUUCCUCGUCUUCUGCUUCCUCUACAGCUUCUUCAGCGUCAUCUACAGGUGUGUCCUCAGUGGAGGCCAGCAGGAGCUGUUUGAGAGAGCCGCACGCCACUGUAACAAAUUCGCCAAACUCAUCCCCAUGUCUUUUGUUCUUGGGUUCUACAUCACGCAGGCGUUCCAGCGUUGGUGGGGUCAGUACACCAGCUUCCCACUGCCCGAUAACCUGAUGAUGGUGGUGUCCGGCAAUGUCCACGGGGCAGACGAGCGAGGUCGCCUCCUGAGGCGGACGAUGAUGAGAUACGCCAACCUCUCCUCCGUCCUCAUCCUGCGCUCCAUCAGCACACGGGUCCACAAGCGCUUCCCCACAAUGCAGCACAUAGUGGAGGCAGGAUUUAUGACUGAGGAGGAGCUGAAAACUCUCGAUCAUCUGUACUCGGACUUCAAUAAAUACUGGAUGCCUCUGACAUGGUUUGCAAACCUGGCUUCCAAAGCCAGAGAGGAGGGCCGAGUGAAGGACGACAUGGCCCUGAAGCUGCUGAUGGACGAGCUGAAUAACUACAGGGCGAAGUGCAGCAUGCUUUUCCACUACGACUGGAUCAGCAUCCCAAUGGUUUACACUCAGGUGGUCACUCUGGCCGUCUACUCCUUCUUUGCUUUCUGUCUGAUCGGACGUCAGUUUGUGAAACCAGAGAGAGCCGACGAACACAAAGUUCACGUGGAUCUGUACGUCCCCGUCUUCACACUGCUCGAGUUCUUCUUCUACGCAGGCUGGCUGAAGGUGGGAGAGCUGAUCAUCAACCCAUUUGGAGAGGACGAUGAUGACUUUGAAACCAACCAGCUUAUUGACCGAAACAUUCAGGUCUCCAUGCUGGCUGUGGAUGACAUGCACCAGAGCCUCCCUCCUCUGGAAAAGGACAAAUACUGGACGGAGAAAAGCUUCAGCCUGCCCUUCGGCCCAGCUAAGCCUGUCUUUAUGGGCUCCACCUACGACAUGAGGGAAAUUGAUGACAAUUUGGAGGACUCAACCACCAGCUACCAAAUCCCGAUGCUGCCGGUCAGCGUGUGGCCGCCUACCCCCAAAAAGCAGAAGAAGAGCCAGAGACUGUCCUGCUGCACUAAAAAAGUGAAAUCUAAGAAAAAGACGCACACAAAAGACAUGGAGACCGUCGACAUCAUGCCAGCUAAGCCGUGUGGGUGUGAACAGCAGCAGCAGCAGCACUACGAGGAAUCAGUGGAGAGGCCCCAGUGUGUGGUCACUCUGGGCGAGGCAGAAAAGGAGCAAGAGACAGAUUAUACAAACAAGUCUGUGGCCUGAGCUGCUGACCCUCAUUACUGCCUCACCUAAUUUGGGUCUUCUUUUUUUAUUCAGCACAAAAAUUCGAAAUUUUGCACAUUAAAUUCCAUGUAUUUUGAAAGUCCUCCUGUCUGAUCCAUUCGGCGUAAAUAUGGUGAAUGUGGUUGUUUUGAUUGUCGCUGCUGUAAAACCUUCCAACACUGAAGUGUCCUUUAAUAAAUGCUCUAAUGAAGUUUUAUUGCAGAUCAUUUUGGAUCAUUUCUGUUUUAUACAUUGUGAA